CGGGUGUGGCUGUGGCGUGGUUCGAGAUGCGAGCCGUUGGCGAUGAGCCGUACGAAUCCUGUGGCAGGAUUGAGAUAUGCGGGAACGAACAGUUCCACGUUGGGAGGGAUACAGAGCUUUGCCGGUACUCCUGGGCGGACGACCUCACCAUCUCUAGGAAGCAUCUGCGGAUCCAUUGUAUCUUGUACGAACAGGACCCCGUUGCCAACAUUGCGCCUUUCGUAUACGCAACUGAUUUAUCGGCUAACGGCACGUACUUGAGAAAGAGGAGCACUAAAUGUACGGCAUCGCAAGGCCCUGGUAUUCUCAUGGGCCCGAACUGCACUUUCCUUCUGGAUGACGGCGAUGAGCUGCGCAUAUCAGACACCGUGACGUUGAUCUACCGCCCGAUCAAGCCGGUGGAUGAGGUCAAGCUGACUCCAAUUCAAGAACGCGAGCAGAGCGUCUUUGCCUCACGUUAUCUUGUUACGGGUCGUCUACUCGGCGAGGGUGGGUAUGGAAAGGUGCUUGUUGGUAUCCACCAAGAGACCCAACGGCAACUCGCAUGUAAGAUCAUCAAGCUCGGUCACAUGUACGAAAAGCUUGUAGUCCCCAAUUUGCGGCUGCCCACUGGAGGACGAUCCUCUGGCACAAACACAAGCGGCACUAGAAAGCGAUGGCCAACUAAAGUUGCCAAUUGUUUCCGAGAGUUCGACAUUCUCAAAGACGUGAGCCAUCCGAACAUUGUCGCACUCCAAAAGGUCUUUUGGAGCCACGACACAAUUUACAUAUUCCAGGAACUUGUCACAGGCGGCGACCUCUUCUCGUUCCUCGAGUACAAGGGCGGCCGACUUGACAACGUUCAGGCUGCAGUCAUUAUUCGGCAGAUUCUGAAGGGGGUCAAGUACCUACACGAUCAAGAAAUCGUGCAUAGGGACCUCAAGCCUGACAACAUUUUGAUGACCUCACUGGAAGAUGGCGCCCGUGUUGUGAUCACGGACUUUGGCAAUGCUAGGUUUCUACCUGAAAAAAAAAGCGAGAGUGAUUUGGUAUCGAACAGAUAUCAACGUAUGUUCUCUUAUGUUGGUACCUUAGAGUUUGCAGCCCCAGAAAUACACAGAGCGAACCGAGCUAUUCCCGCCGAGGACGGGUAUUCUAAGAGCGUUGACAUGUGGUCUAUUGGCUCCAUAACGGCUACGAUACUCACUGGAGAUGCCAUCUUCACCGACCGCACUCAUCCAAACUACUACGAUGAUCCCCGUGCAGUUAUCAUCAGCCUUGCAGCAAUUUGCGAUCUGAGCGUGCUCGAUGACGAUCAUCAUCCGCUAUGGAGUACGGUCAGUGAUCGCCCGAAAAGUUUCAUCAAAAGUUUGCUGGUACUUGAAGAAGGGGCACGACUUACAGCAUCUGAAGCUUUGGCACACAGCUGGUUCUCGUGUUACGCGGGAGAUUUCGAGGAUCUGUAUUCACGUUCAAUCGAGGACUGGGAACCGCGUCAAAACAAUGUGCAACUCGUGGAACGCAUCUCCAAGUUGGCACCAAAUCUUGCCCUAGUGGGGAAUACACAGAGUCAAGAGGUUACAUCACGUUUCUUCGCUCCGCGCCAACCGGGCCAGACGGACGACAUGCUGCAAAAGCUAUCAACCUCCCAACGCUGGCGUGCGAAUACCCCGCUGCCAUCGAUUAGAGAAGACUAUGAAACGGCCCAAUUUGCAAGUCAAGUCCAGCCACCGUCAUCCGAAAGCAAUUUUGGAAAUAACGCGAGUCAACGGGAUACGAACACGUACAGUGUAUACGACAAGAAAUUGUGCGGUGAAAGCAAAUCAAAUAACAGCAAGUCUCAACUCUUCGAUGCAGAUGGCUCACAGAAGCGCGCAAUUUCGACCGGUCACUCCUUGAAUCAGCGCUCGUCCAACAAUGCAGCUGUACUGGGUACGUAUCACAGGAACGAAGUCGCCGAAGACGAAGACUCCUAUGGAUCUGGUGAGAGCUUGAAUAGAGCCAUGCAUGAUUAUUCGCAACAAGGGUAUUGUAUUACGCCACAACCGCAGAUUGCUCACCAAGGGCAGGAGUCAAUUCUAGUAGGCGAGACACCCCAGGCCAAAGAGGAGUCACAGAGAAGCAGCAACACUAGUCAACAACCUGACGAGAGUUAUCAGCAAACCCAGUUUCCUGACGAAUACGGUCAACAACAGGCUCCAGCCGUGGAACAGGACUCCGUCGUGGUGAGCGAGACCCCCCUUGACGUUUGCCGACAAUAUACUUGCUCUUCGCACAAUAGCCUUCCGAGCUACGAAAAUUGGUUUAAUCAUAACUGGCAAGCUAACGGGGCUGAUGUGGAGAUUGAUGCAGAAGACUGUUCAAAGCGUAGACGGCUUUCGCAUUAUCGCCACUAAUAUACACAGCUUGAUCUUCGACUAAUCCGCAGCCCAACUAUUCACGAUUUUCAGAACGGGAUGAUGUAGUGGGUACUGUCAUUUCCUCGUUUCAUACGUUACUCACGGUUUCACAUUUCGCCGAGAUACAUUAUAUGUCAUAUAACCCAUUUAUCCCUUCUAUCUAUCGCCCUCAUUGUCAAGUGUCUGAAAAGUCUAUAUGAACGCGUAUUAUCAGCUGCACUCCUAUUCAUCUUUUUCCUGACUGGCUAAAUUAGCAAUCUGAGACUCCCGUGAGCUAUCGCC